AAAAAUUAUCGGAGUUUUAUGUUGUGCCAGAUAUUCUCUAGUGUUACAGUCGAAUUUCAACUGGUUUACCCCAAGCUGUUUGACCCGUAAACAACGAUAGUGGUUCAUUUUUGCCAAGAGAUAAUGGACAAGAAUACUCCUAGCUAAUUAGCUUACUAAGUUAACUAAUAAACUCGUGAUAAGUAAAGUUUACUGCGCGAUGUUUGUUUUUAAUAUUCGCCCUAAUCAUAAUAUAAAGAUCUCUGAGACAGCAAAAUGAAUACAACUCUGAAACCAGCUUUGCCAACAGCAUCCCAAACAACAAACGCAAAUAAUCCAAAUAAACCCAUGCAUCCUCAAGGGACAUCAAUGUCAUAUGGGCAGCCUUCAGGGCCUAUACCCCAAAACUCUUUUCCCAACACCAAUAUGGCACACAGUCACGCUAGUGCUCAGCAGAAUCAUUUCAGUUUGAAUUCUAGUGGAGGACCUCAUUUCAACAUGGGCACCAUACCUGCAAGCAAUCACCCAGUUGCAAAUAUCAGUCAGUCUUCAGUUGGACAAGUGUACAAUCCACCGAAGAAUGUGUCUUAUUCUAGUGGUUUUCAGCUCAGUCAUGGACAGGUCCAAAACCAAAAUACGUUACCUCCAGUAAGCCAAUCUCUUCCUGCCACUUCCCAGCCGUCGACGCUUCCGCAACAACCUAUCUCCACUUCGCCUUCUCAGAACUCAAGUAAUUCUAAUCCUACUGCACCAUCCUCGGAACCAGAAACAGACAAAGAGAUUCAAGAAAAUGGUACACCGGAGGCAAAGUCCCAAACUGAUGGGGAAGUUGAAGCUAAUCACAUUAGCUUGCCAGCACCACAAGCUUCCACACAACCACAAGUUUCUCAGGUACCUACGACGCCACCCCGACAAGACGAAACAUCUGUACCUGUAAUAGAAAAACCCUCUGACGAGCAAAAACCUGUCCCCGAGAUUUCUAAAGAACCUGAAGAGUCAGCCAUGAUUCCAGCUCCUGUACCUUCAGUCCCAGAACCCGAAACGUCCACGAAUGAUUCGCCUCAGGAAGAUUCAGCACCUGAGAGUCAAAAGGAGGCAGAGGAUGCAGAUCCGUUGGCAAUGGAAGUUGAAUCACUCGAAGAAAAAACUCAGGAAGUGCCUCAAGAGAACAAAGAGAUAAAAACUGAUGCCGAAAAUAUAACAGGUGACACGGACGAUAAAGAAACAGAUGAAACGGUUGUGAGUGAAUCAGAGAAACAAACUUCAAAAAAUGAAACAGUCCCCAUUAAAUUGGCUACAAUUCCCAAGACUCCAGUAAGGAAAUCAAAACCAUCCAAACCAGAGUCUAAAGUAGAAUUAAAGACACCUGUUCAAAAGUCUCCAAGUUCAGGAAAAACAAAACGACAGAGGAUACGGACACAACAUUAUCAAAGUCCGCUGCCAGAAAUUGAGAUCAUAGCAAAAAUCAGUUCGUCAACGCCCAAAAACAAAAAUAUGGAUGAUAAACUUAUAUAUUUUUAUAAAAACGAGUUUCUAGCAGUCCGGAACGCAGAAGGUAGUUUUUACCUUUGCCAAGCUGUACAGAAUAUCUAUAAAUCAUCCUCAAAAAUUAAAAUUCGUUGGCUUUCGCAGGAUAAGAAUGACAAGAGCGGUGAGAUUUAUACUCCUGACUUUUAUGAUUUGACAGAUUUCGAUUGUAUCCUAACGAGUUUAGAUUUAACUCGGGUGGACAAGGGAAAGUACAGGUUAAAACAGGCAGAAAAAGAAAGAACAGAUAGCAUACUUAAAAGGUGUUUAGCGGUGGAGAAAGGAGAAAUUGCUAGUCCAUCUCUGUCAGAGGAACAUCCUGAUGGACUGGAUCUAUCACUGUACAAAGAUGAGGAACAACUGAAGAAGAAAAGAGGCACGAAACGCAAGGCCCCACCAAGAUCUAGUUCUGCAAAAAGGGAAACACCUGUGAAAAAAACUCCAGAGGCCCCCAAAGUACGAAAAGUAGAAGCUAAACCUGUUAAAAAACCCCUAAAGAAAGUAGUAGUGAAGAAAGUAUCUCCCCCAGAAGUGAAGAAAGUAUUCACACAAUCAAGCAGGGCGGCCAGGGGCAAGAGAAAAAGUGAUCAAAAAACCAGUCCUGUAGUCGAUCAAAAAAAGGCAUUAGUUUUGGCUAGAAUUGGUAAAAAAACUGCAAUUUCCGUCAGUUCCAAUAGAUCUCAAACUGUUUCCAGAGGUAAGUCAACAUUUUUUUUUUAAUGAAGUGAUAUAUGU